AUGUCGGCGCCUCCUCCGGCCAGUAUGGCUGCUCAAGCGGAAGGCGUGAAGGGCCAACCCAAGAUCUACAGGCUUGUCAUGACGCCCAUCAUCUUCAUAUCCUUCCUCUUCUCCCUUGCUUGGGUCGAGUUUCGGUACACGCUGCUCCGCAGCCACACGCAUGUCGGCAUCGACGGACGUCCUACGCGAAGACCGCCAGCACGCCAGCAGCGGCUGCCACCGUGGCUGCAUCGCAUCGUGUACCGGCAGCAGGAGUAUCAGUACGAGGUUCAAGAGCCUACCGGCGGCGGCGCCACGGCCAACGACAACUUCCACUACCACAGCAUGCAGCGCAAGCUGCUCAAGAUGGAGGCGGCCGAGGCGUUCCACAUCCGCACGACGGUGCUCGGCACGGCUGGCAUGGUGGACAGCCGCGUGGCUGUGGCACUGCGUGACAGGCUGAACAGGCGUGCGUCUCGGGAGAUUACCCGAGCAGACACGAACACCUACAUUGGUCGAGACAGUCACCAGGCGUCACCCCAGCAGAGAGGCCAGACGGACGGCUCACCAGGAGAAGACCAGGAUCCUCUAAUUAACAAGCAGAGCUUGGCAGACUCUGGCAUGCUGGCAUCGAUCCGACAAGAAGUACGGAGUACGCUUGAGAUAGAGAUUGAGUACGACGCACAUCACGUGCAGCGUUUCCUCUCUCGCUCGUGGCAAAUUGUCAGAUGCACUAUGGCAACGGACACGAAAUCCCCCCGACUCCGUCCCGGAAGGGCCGGGCUUACUUCUGCUCUGGGCCUCCGCUGGUAA